GCACAAGCUGUGCAUCCAGCUCCGAGUGGGUUCGACGACAGCCAAAGAAACCACCUGGCAUCAACGAUCCUCUGGCCGCCCUUCGCUUUCCGGCACCGCCCACGUCGAUUCCGACUACACCAUAAACUUGCGCAACACUAUCAGUACACGGUCUGCUCAAGUUCCGUGGUAACUGGCAAAGUAACAGGUACCUACCCGCCUCAACCCAAGGGCAAGGGAACGUCCUCGAUUGCCCCUCCACCGAUUGUGUGUUGCUGAGAAAGCAACCCGACCUACGAUGCGAUAGACGCUCAACCACAACAUGUCCUUCACGAAUGCGCCAGUGACGCGCACCCUCGUUCUUGGCCUUGUGACGAGCUCCAUUGCGGUCAGCUUGCUCGACGUCAAGCAUUAUUUCUACAUUGUCGUAGAUACCCAUCUAUGGCGCUACCACCAGCUCUGGCGCCUGCUGGCGUACCAGUUAUGCUGCACCAACUCGAGCGAGGUGCUCUUCGCAUCAAUGACUCUCUACCACUUGAGGGUCGUUGAACAAAUAUGGGGAUCAAGGAAAUACGCUUCAUUUGUAGCUGUAUCCGCGCUCUUCACUGCAGUGAUACCUCCUGUUUUCCUAUCCAUCAUACUACGGCCAUUGACCGCGGGACUAUUCAACUACAUGCCAGCCGGCCCAACCCCGAUUAUCUUUGCCAUACUCGCGCAGUAUCAUGCUGCGAUCCCCAGCACUUAUCGAUACCGCGUCGCGGCUUCCUCGGCUCCGCCCACGAACGACCAAUUUGUCGGAUUGACCUUCUCUGACAAGUCAUAUCGCUACGCUCUCGCUUUGCAGCUGGCACUCUUCCAGUGGCCGGGAUCGUUGCUGGGAGCUGCGGUUGGCUGGGUUGUGGGAUACUCGUGGAGGAACGACUUGCUCCCUGUUGCGUUGACCAAAUGGCGCCUUCCCGGAUGGAUGGUCGGUGUGAAGACGCCGAGAAGACGGACGGAAUUCGAGGGUCUUCGAAGGCGGUUGGAGGGAGAGGGUUCAUCUGCAACCACCUCGGGCGCACAGGGCCAGGUGGAUGGGGACGCAGGACGCAGGAGACCAGCUGGUCAAGAUAGGCGCCAAGACUGAGAUGACACAGUUCUGAAAAGACACAAGCUAUCACUUACACCGACUUGAGUUUGCUAUUGAAGCCUUCGAUGAUGACAUGGGGAUACAUGUCUGCGAGACCACUUAUUCUGGCUCACCUCGUUAUGCAUUUUCGAGAUUCCAUGCGUACUCUUUACCAAGGAUAUGCCUUCAACCGUCAGAAACGUUGUGCAUUACGGAUACGGAGUAAAGCCAUGGCAAACGCAGUGAGGCUUCGAUAUGGUCCUGCAAUUGGUUAGGAGCACGAGCUGGUCAGCUCAGUCUAUCGAAUAAUCCAGAGGGUCUUGCUCAUAUAAUAUAAAUAACCCGAUGAACCAUUCACAAUUCAUGGUGGACCUGGGAAGACUGCUGGCCAUUCUUGGGAUGAUCAAUAAUGAGGUGCCCAA